UUUCAGAUAGAAAUAGAGAAAUGCAUAAGUACAAAAAUGUUGAAAUGAGCGGACAGAUGAUUUUUAUGCAAUAAUUAGAAAACGGAAGUCAUCCCUCCUAGCAAGACUGCGGGCGAGCUCCAAUAGGAUCUUGAACAUGUUAGCAACAUCAUUAGCUGCCUCAAAACCGCAAUACGGGAACGCGCAGUUUUCUUGCCCUCAACCUUAUGGGUAUUUCAAAGCUUCUAAUCAAUGUGACCAAUAUGUCGAAUGCAAGAGCAAUGUGCCACUUCAGUUGUCCUGUCCUGCCGGUCUUCAAUUUAAUCCAAUGAGACAAUGGAUAGAGUAUCCUUGUGAUGCUCCUGCCGUCGUGCGGUGUAACCCAUCUCCUGCAAGAACUUAUGUUGCACCGACAACGCCCGCACCUCCUCCCCCCACUACUCCAGCUCCAGUAGUGGUCCAGCCGCGAGACUUCUCGUGCCCACAGCCGCAGGGCUACUUCCGGACAUCUACUGGUUGUGAACAAUAUGUUGAAUGCAAGAAUAGCGUACCACGAACGUUCUCCUGCCCUCGUGGUCUUUACUUCAACCCACAAGUGCAAUGGACGCAGUACCCCUGCGAUCAGGCUUCAAAAGCGAUAUGUGACGAACCUUUAGAGAUUGAGACUAUACCAGAACCUGAACCAGCGACUACUCCAGCACCAGCACCUGCACCAAUGUGCCAACCUGUGGCAUCAUGCUUAGGCCCUGCACCAACGUGCCAACCUGUGGCACCAUGCUCUGCCCCUGCACCGCCACCACCAUGCACUCAAUGUUACUAAUAAAAACGGCGCUGAACUAAAUGCCACGAAUCCCGCUUACUGCGUUAAUGAUGGCUACAAGUUCUACCGCUACGAGAUACUGCGCAGCAGAUGACAACGUUUACUGCUAUGGAAUAACUAGCUAGAUCAAUUAUACACAAACAAAAUUGUACUUUUAUCAUAUUUAUUAGGUGAAGGUGUAAAAAAAUAAAUUAUU